AUGAGUAGUGGUCACAACGGAGGUGGGCCUUGUGGUGCCUGCAAGUUUCUAAGGAGAAAGUGUGUGAAAGGGUGCAUAUUUGCUCCAUAUUUUGACUCGGAGCAGGGUCCGGCUCACUUUGCAGCAGUGCACAAGGUGUUCGGAGCCAGCAAUGCUUCGAAGCUGCUUCUGGGAAUACCGGCACACAAGCGCCUUGACGCCGUGGUUACUCUCUGUUAUGAAGCUCUGGCUAGGGUUAGAGAUCCUGUUUAUGGCUGUGUUGGCCAUAUCUUUGCUCUCCAACAGCAGGUUUUGUAUUACGAGUACUGCUAUGCUGUCCAAAUCUUAGCUUAA